AUGUCGGACUCGCAGACGCAUUAUGAGCUCCUUGGACUCUCGGCCGGCUCCGACAUUACGCCCAAAGACGUGAAAGAGGCAUAUCAUCAAGCUCUUCUCAGAUAUCAUCCAGACAAAGUGCACCGAUCAGCCUCGUUGUCCUUGUCCACAGCAGAUGCCAAAUACGUGCCCACGAUCGACAGGAUCGUUGAAGCAUACAACACGCUACUCGAUCCCAGCUUGCGGAAGGCAUACGAUGCUUCUCUGAGAUCAUCAGUGAAAAGUGUUGCUCAUCACGGGAUCGAGCUCUUCGAUUUGGAGGACUUCGAACAUCACGAGAAUGCUGACGGCGACCGCUGGACGAAGUCAUGCCGUUGUGGCAGUCCCGUAGCGUAUGUUCUGAGCGAGGAGGAUCUCGAGCAAGUCGUUAAGGAGCAACCAACUCAGCCAGAUGGUCUGCAAGAAAUUCUUCUGGGAUGCCGAGGAUGUAGCCUCUUCGUCCGUGUGACCUUUGCGACCGCGGAAACAGGAUGA